ACAUUAACAGCUUAGCACAGCAGCAGCAGCAGCAACAGCAACAGCAGCUCCUACAGCAUCCAGCAUCCAUCCAUCCAUCCAUCCCCGCCUGCCUGCCCGCCUGCUUGCCUGGGGAGCAGCAGUCCUACCCGGCAGCACCGACGCACGGAGGGGGCGCAUCAUCUAAGUGAUGCCACAUUAUCAGUCGAAUUUCGACAUCAAACACCGCCAGUAGAUCCUAAAAGAGGGGAGAGAAAUCGCUUCAGCCACGAAGACAGCAACUGCCCAUGAAGAUGUCUAACGCUGACAUCGUCUUAAACGCCGCCGACAGGCAGGUGAAAUGUAAGUUCGCCUGCAUUUCAUGUUUGCUUCCAAAUAGGACAUGUGAAGUGUUUGUGUAGUGUAGAUUCGUCUGUACGUGGCCUUUACUUUCAUGUCGUGCAGUAAUGGUGUGUUUGCGGCCAUCAAGUUGUGUUCAUGGUGGUGGUGGUAGUAGGCUGCUGGAGCUUUGAUGUUGAUAAACAAUCCGGUUAUCUGCUGCUGCACAGCCCCCACGAAAAACCAAGAUAACGCCAAGAAACGGCAACACUGCACCGGGAAAUAUGUAUUUUUAUCAUGUGGUGCAGAGAUGCUUUUAUAUUUCAGUUUUUGCUGUCACGGCUUGACUGCAUCCUGGCUUUAAGAGGAGAGGUAGAAAAAAAAACAGCUGAAUUGCUGUGUGAGCUUGUGGUUGGUAGGAGCUGGGGCAGUGAUGCAGCAGGAUUUCACAAGCUCUGACAGGGUCAGUGGAAGAGGAAACGGGCAUGAAAUUGACAUUUAAUGGGGGUAUAUUUUACCAGGAGUGAGUCAUUUUUUAAUUUUUAUUAGGAGGGAUUUCUGAGAAAACCCAGCGUCAGGAGAUGCUGAGAAAGCAGCCCUAGAUGAGGGAAUUACUGAGGACACAAACUUGGAUCAAUGAAGGAUGAUGAAGUGCCAUAACUCAUUUAGCACUGCUCAUUCUGACCAUGGAUCAGCUCACUGACAGCACAGAGUCCCAAUAUAUUCUCAUAUCCUGUAUUGUGGGAAUCAGGGAGCAACUCAGUCAGCAUUAACAACUUUGUCCUUUAGGCUACAGAGUUGUGGAAACAAAGUAAUCUGUGGUGUGACUUACACUAAUGUGACAAUGGCUGCAGACACCACUAAUACCCUGUAUGUAAUCUGUUACAAGUGAAGAAAAGCUCUACUUCAAAAAAGAGAACAAUACUGUCACAAAACCAGUCAUGAUUGCUGUCUAAGGGCCUGCAACAACAAUCAUCUAUUCAUCAUCAUUAUUAGUCAAGCAUUCCGCUGAUACUACAAAACAACCAAUAGUAUUGUUGCUGAAAUAGUUUUUCUAUCAAAAAUUGACACUGAAGUUUUACAAAAAACGCACCACAAGGCAUGAAUUUUGGAAACUAGCAAUUUUGUCCUGUCAGGACAUUCAAUCCAAACAUGUCUAUGAUGUGACACGUCAUGAUAUGUCGUCUAUAUCGUAUUGUAUCAUGACACGACAUGAUGCGAAACGAUAUAGACGGAAAAACAUCACUAAACAAUGUGAUACAUAACACAACAAAUGGAUGCAACAUGAUUCAACAAGAUGCUGUGCUUGUGUCUGUGUAGGGAAAUUUGUCUUGGACCUGAAUGUUGCAAACGUAGAUCCUACAAAGUACAGUAAACAUGCCAAUAAAGUAGCAAUACAAAAAGAAAAACGUUACUAUCCUGGUGGCUAUAAAUGAGAUGCAAAUUUGUCAUUUAUCAGUCAGUACUUUCCAAAUAUCGCACAAUAUUUAGCCAAAAAUGACACUGGUUUUCCACGUUUUAUCUAUAUUACACAAGAAAGAUCAAACCACUUGAGUUGUUCCCUUAGCCAAGAUUUACUGGCAUGCAGGUGUUCAAAAAUAUGUCAAGCAAAAGGUUUACAUCAGCAAACACAGCCAAGCCAAAAAUUCUGACUCAGCGUUCUACUUUGGUAGUACGGUCACAUAACAUGUAGGAUUUUUGCACAAUGUUAAAGCAUCCAUGUCUCGGCUUGAGCACAGUGAUAUUUACUUACAUUCAUGCAGCAAGGCUCUGUAGGAUGACUCCAGAUCUUCAUCAGUUUGAUCUCUUCAACAGAAAAUAAACAAAAUUUGCGUUGUCAGUCAGAUACUCUCGGUAUUUUCACAUUUGUUCUGGCUUAACUAACACUUAAAUUUUCCUCUCUCACUUCUUAUACUCCACAAUUCUUAAUACUGAAAAGCCGUUUCCAAUCUUGUAAGACCCUAAACGUAAUCAAAGGAAGCCUACAAAAUUGUUAAUACUUAAGACACUGGCGUUUCUUAAAUUCAAGUGUGUGUGUGUUUGUGUAGCAAUCUACGGCACGGAUACUACAAGCUACACUGAGUUAUUUUUAUCCCUGCACACAUUCAGUGUCUCUAAGUUAAACCCCAGCCAGUUUCUGUUUUCUCUCACAUGUUUAAACCCGACAGAACAUUUCUUAAGAGAUACAAUAACUGCUGGCCUGUGCAGUUUGUUUUCCACAGCUCUGUCACCACUGUGCUGUGGGCAUCAAGCGGCAUAUUCAGGUCAGUUAUUUCAGGGAUGAGGCCUAUACUACUCUGAUGAAGUGUUUUACUCUAAAACAGCACCUUACAAAAUGUAUCCUUCGUGUAAAUGACUCUGAGACUAACCAAAAUAUGCUGUCAGUGUGCUCUACAAAAGCAGGUUAUAACAUAGACAUAAUAAAAUGUUUAUUUAAAUAAUUACUUUAUGAGAGCAAUAGUGCUUUCUUAGGUCCAGAGCUGACUGUCAUACUUUCUCUCAGUUUCAUUGCCUAUCAAACAUACACUCCUUUUCUACUUGAGUUCAAUUUGUGGCUAUAAAAAGAUGAUCAUCCAGCAAGUCUUGAGAUCAAGAUGAGUUUAAUGUGCAUAAAAAAUGUUAGGCAUGUUGACCUUUGUGGCCUAACGCUAACCUUUUGGAAAGCCGUAAAAGCCACGAACAGUUCCUUUGAACCGCUCUGGGAAAGAGCAAACAGAUCCAGCUCCCUUCAAAGAGCUGUAACUCCCACUGUAUUAUGCAAUAAUAUGAAAAGCAUUGCAAUGAUACAUAAUGUACUAGAUUUGAACACAAAAGAUCUACGGACAGACUAACGCAUUUCCUGCAGCUUUUAGUAACAACAAUGCAAAGUGGUCCCAUCAACACCUUCGCUGACGUCAACCUGUUAAUUGUUCGGUGGAGCAGUAGUUGGGAUCGGCACAACAGAGGAGCUCAAUCUGUACGCAGUCAGUUGUAAAAGCAUGACACUUUUUGUGUUUUACUCGGACCUCUCACAAAUGCACACUGUGUCCUCACUGUGUCCAAUCAGCUGAAGCCGUCCAGCUUCUCCAAGCACCACUCACUGCUAACACAAACCACACAACUCUCCACUUUUUUUGAGCAGGCAGAAUUGAGGACAAUAUGUUUUGUGUACAUCACAGUCUGCACAUUAUGAUGGGAUAAUUUGACGUGUCUAUAGCUUGAGCAUUUUCCAACAGCAUCUCUGUGAACCUCUGAUGCAAAUUGCAGUACUCCGCGGCGGCACUGGCUGUACUCCAACAGUCAGCUGCUGCUGCUGUUGCCCGGCAACAUACAGUAUUUCAUAGUUCAACUCUGCUCGGGUGCUGAGCAGAAGUCAGCUUUUCAUCUCAUUUCAUCUCACAGUACAUCUAUAUCAGAGUGUUUCUGUGUCUACAUACCCCUGUGUCUGUGAAAUGUGUGGUUCAAGUAGAUGCUUAGUGAAAGAUCUGGGUCGCUUUUUUCAGAUUUCUUUGUUAUAACUGGGAAAAAAUUUUGUUGCUCUAUUCUGCCUACAAAAGCUGAGUGUCAUUUCCUUUGAAAAGCAUCUUCUUGUGACUUCUUGUCAAUUCAUCUUACUGAUAUAAAGGUGCCGGCAGUUAAAGCGGUUUGAAAACAAUAUUGGGGAGUUAUUUUUGUAAUUUUUUUUGGCAUUCAAUUGACAUAUUUUCAUGUUUAUUCAUGAAAAAAUAAAUAAAAACAGAUGUUGCCAACAUCCUCCUAGUUGCAGAAUACCACAUUGAUGUUCAUCUCCUCUUUAUAACGAAUAAAGCGCUGUAUUUCAGAGGUACAUCCCAAAGUAUCCCAGCAAAACCAAGAGCAGCUUGUCAGUGAACAAUGACAUUAUCCAAACUCAAACUUGAGAAACUUGAGUGAUGACUGUGCUGACUUUGUACUAGCUGGUAAAGUGUAAAAAGCACACGACACCAUCACAGAUACACACUGCAUACUGUGAAAAAUUGGAGUCCCAUUAAAUCCACUAGCCUGGGCUCGCCUCAUUAUUCCAGGAGCAGCGACUUUGAGAUUCCUCCAGUCAGGCAUUUAUUAUUAAAGAGCAUGUUGAUCAUGUUUAGUAUACGCUCGAGCUUUGAGAUUCCUCCUUUGUCAUCGCUGUGUUUGGCACUGCUCAGUGGCUCUGUUUGCAAUACACUGCACAAAUCUGGCAAGCAUACUCUUGCAUAUAAAUAUAUACCACUGCUGACAGUCUGUGUUGUGUGUACACAUGUACUAUUACUACAGGAUGUCUUACUACAGCCAAAACACUGUUUAUGAAAAAAAAUAUUUAAUUGAAAUAAAAUUUUAAUCCCUCCAAAAUUUAAGAUUCAGCCAAUAGUUCCUUUUAAAGGUUCUUAGUCAUGGUUAUUAACAAGUAUUAUUGUUUUAGCAUUUAUUUAAUAGUAACUUUAAGCUUAAGUUUUUGUCAAACUUCGCACCCCCCUGUGAAUAAACAAGUACCCCUUACAUGUUUGUUGAUGUAUAUUUUUCAUCACGCUUUCUUUGAACACUUUUGGUAAAUAUUUACUUUAGAAAAAGGUUUUUUAAGGCUCCUGUGAGGAACUUUGAAGUUGUUUCACUUUUUUUGUAUCCUGCUCACUCCAAACAGUCAAACGUAUCAUUUAUUGUAAAUUUUUACCAAGUAAACUGUAUAAACAAGGGCAUUUAUCUAGCUGCUCUGCUGACACGUACCCCUUCUUACCAGUUUGCAGUAUAUCACUGGUCAGUCUUGUCACUGAUACUUGUUUGCUUUUGUAUAUUAUAAAAAUACAUUAAUUUGACUUUCAGUGUAUUUCAUUCAUUAAAAACUUCUUACAGGAACCUAAAAAAGUAUGUUCCUCAUAGUGCUGCACAACAGCUUGUCCACAUUGACCCAAUGAAUAUAGACACAGCUAUUGUUCUUACUGUUGUCAUUUUGCUUCUGUAGGUCAUACCGAGGCAUUACUGUUAAUUUUAAAGUCUGAUAAAAAUCCCUCAGGAGGGCUGUAAGUAGCAAUUAUUAAAACCGUAUCCUGAUUUCAAUGGCAGGUAAAUGUUACUGUAACUUUUAUCAAGCUUUUUCUCCUGUGUUUUAAGUGUGUGUAUUGCUAAGUACAUUUGUUAAGAUUGAUGCAAAACUAUCAAAUUCCCUGCUUGUGUGCUCAUACACGACACAUAAAGCAAAUUUUGCUUACAAAAGUUAACCAGAAAAAGGAAGUAAUGAGUUAACUACAUAAAACUACAUAGAUUAAAUAACCAUUGUAACAGCUGAAGCAAAAAGAUUUGCCCUGAUUUUGCAUGGCAUGUACUGCAACAUAUACAAAACUAUGUUUGAAGGCAGAAUAACGAGUAGUUUUUGUCAAUGUAGGCCAGCUGCAAGAUCGUCAUUCUGCUGAGCACUAAUCUGCUCUCUUUGUAUAUAUAAAAAAAGGUCUUCUGUAUGGGUGUCUGUUUGACUCUUCAAAGUUUUAAAAAAUUUUAAGCUGAAUGGUCAGUUAACAGUCACAGCUCCAAAUGAAAGCGACAGCGCAGACAGCAAAUGGGCCUCAAACAUGUCACUGUAGGCGUAAGUUCCUAAAUGUGCUCCUCGGUGCUGAGUGAUCAACCAUAUUUCCACAGCAUAGGCAUUCUGUUUAGAUGAUUAUAGCAGACACGACAUGCACCUGCUUCUACAGCUACAUCCUUGUUGUGUUUGAGUCACUGAGCCUGUUAGAUGUUUGUGAAGCGUUUAUUCGUACUGUUUAAGAUUACACUUUUCAAAAGAGCUCAUAAAACCACUGUAACCUACCGUAUGUGAACCUGCUUGUGUCUAACACUUCACAUGGAUUUUACUUUUCCUCUCGUUCGAAUUAUUGACUCUCACUUACUCUGACACUUCAGCAGGAGUUUUCUGUGUUAAGCCAGAUAAUCUGUAGAUUAAAUCAAUACAUUAGACCUGAAAGCUGGUGCUCAUACAGCACAGACAGCUCUUCAUAUGAUCUAAUGAAUAACCUUUGCUGCCACCAAAGUAAUGAACUGUGGUUGGAUUUCACACUUUCACAGCCAGUCUGUUUGGUAGGUGACUGGUGCAUUUUAAUGGCCACAGGCUUUAGCAGUCUAGGGAGAUCUCUGGAUGAAUCAAGUGCUCAGAUGUUAGCUGGGUUUUAUCCUGCACUCAGAAGACACUUAACAAGUAACCACACAUCUGUGCUGGAUUUAUUAAGCGAGAGGUUUUUCAUAAACUUGUCCAUUUUGAUAAGUGAUCAAACCUGCUGACAUCUAUAUAUACAUGAAGUGGAGUUGAUCACCUCAGGAUGGAUUUUUUUUCAUUCAUUUGACUAACAGAAAAUGAAAGCAUGUUGGCAAACAUAUCAUUGCCAGGACUGUAGUGGGUUUGAUAUUUACAAGAUGGAUGUAGCAGCACAGCAACACUGCAGGAAAAACAUGGAUUGGGCUUUGCAAAUAGGAUUUCUGCAUGGGUCCCUUGAUGUUCUGUUGCCUCUGUAAUUCCUGCCUGGUGCUUGCCUUCAUGCUCCAUAUUUCUACUCUCACAAAAGUGCAAAAGAAAAAAAGAGUCACGUAUUGUAUUCUUGUUGGCAUAAACAGUAGCCAUAGUUACUGCGAUGUCCCCUCUCGUUAAAUGUCACCACGUGCCUGUGCUCUGUCCUCAGCUGUCCCCUUCCCCCUGAGCCACCGCCUUACAAUGAAGGAAGUGUUCGACUGUGAAGGGAAACCGCGGGUGGAUCUCUUGAAGGCCCACCUCACCAAGGAAGGCCGCGUGGAGGAAGCAGUGGCUCUUCGAAUCAUCAACGAGGGAGCAUCGAUCCUGCGUCAAGAAAAAACCAUAUUGGACAUCGAGGCGCCAGUCACAGGUAGAAAAAAUUAUCUGGAGCUUGUUCUGCUGCACUUUUAUCAACCUGACAGACAAGCUUCAGGUCAUUGUAAUGACUCAGUGAUCAAAAGCAUGAUUUUGAUGAAAGGCUUGAAGUCAAAAUGGUCACAGACUUCAAGAUUACCAGUAUGUAACAGCAAAUCUGAAACAGCUCCAGAGUGAUGUUGAUUCAACUCUGUCAUAAUGGAGGUUGUUGUUUCUGGGGCUGUUACAUUGUGUUGCCUAUUAAUGCAAGGUGUUUCUGUAUUACCUUCACCCCAUCAUAAUCAAUAAGGACACAGGGGCUCAAAAUGUGAUGCUGUGAUCCUGCCUGUACUUCUUUUUUUGGCUCCUUGGGUUUGUUAGAGGAAGAAACAGACCUAAAAAAAAAAAAAAAAACACAACUUGAGGGAAAGGGGGAAAAUUUGCCAAUAAAAAUAAAAGGCCUCAUGGCUUCUUGCCCACUCAACCAGCAUGACACUUGUCUGCUAGUAUGACACCCCCAGAAAAAAAAAGUAAUGUGCUUUUGGUCUGAAAAUUCUCUCUGUUUACUUCCAGUUUAAAAGGACAAUGUCACAAGGGGUGUGACAAUACACCCACUUCACUAGACGAGACAAAACGAAAGGGGGUUUAAACUAUUUCAGAUAGAUAGGUGAAAUAUAUUGCUGCAAAAACAGUCUUUUAUUCAAACUAAGGUCAGGUAAUAAUAAACAAUACCAGCCUGUUUUGAAAUGUUUUAUCUUUAACAUAUGAAUGUCACAGUAAGUCUAAUUUUUCAGUAUGAAAACAAACAAACACACUGUAACCAGGACAUGAGGGUGUUUGAUAUUAUUAUAAUUAGUGCUUAAACAUACUGUUUUAGACCUCAGGGGUGCUAAAUAAAAAAAAAAAAGAAUGCUCCAGACAGACAAAAUAAAUGUGAAUAUGAACAUUCACAACAUGAAGAGGGCAUUUGAUCACAGAGUCUGCUGUUUCUCUGUGUAUAUAUGAGGUCUGUUGGUGUAUGAAUUUAACUCAAGUCUGUCAUCAGAAACAAAUGGUGACAGGCGUCUCGAAAACAUGAUCCCUCUGCAGGUUUAACGUGCAUUUGGAGAUCAGAGCUGUCAAUAGGGAAGCCCUCACCCGCAGCAUAAACAAAACACUCUCUGUAGAAAGUGUGCUUUUCCUGUUCUUCGGCAGUUUUGGCAGCACCUUCGAUACUGGACUGAUUUUGAUUCAGCGCCAUUAACAUGUUGUUGUAAUGCCUUAAUAACUGCUGUCGAAAACUGGAAAAUUCGCCAAGUUCUGUCCUCGGAAAACAUGUUUAUUAUGAACGCAGUCAGACUCUGUCAGGGCUUGGGGCAGGGCUGUGCGAUAUGGCCUCAAAUCAAUAUCACAAUAUAUUGAGCGGUUCAUGUCAAUAACGAUUAAUCGAUGAUAACUACUCCACAUGCUGCUCACCCUCUCCCACUUUAGCCUCAUCUACUUCAGCUGCCACUCCAGCCGCUACAAUUUUUGAAUCGUCCUCCAUCUCCUCACCUUUCUUUCCCUCUUUGUUACGGACUGGAUGGGGUGAAGUCAUGUCUCCGACGUAGGACAGCAUCUUAAAGGGACAUGAGACCAUAGCCUACCUACACACAUUCAUAAACAACUUUUAUUUAAUUUUUUUUUUAACACAGAAUUUAUCAACAUGGGCAAAAUGACAGUUAUUGUCAUAGAUUUCAGUAUCGGUAAAUUUACGGUUUAUCGCCCAGCCAUAGCUUGGUGUAGUAUUAUUUAUUUAAAUUCAUUUAACAGUACGGGUAUAAGGCUAUGGCAGCCACUUCGCCGUGUACUGCAUGAACAUAUUCAACAUCUCAGUGAAUGCUAACAUGUAUUAUCAAACAGUCACUAAAGUUUUGGAUGACUGAAACACAGUUCAGACGAUGGCAUUUAACAAUCUCAGUGGUUUACUUUCAUUUAAGGGUGGAUAUAAAAGCCUGGACCAGCUCUCUGACUUUAAUAACUUCCAGUAGUAUUUCUGUUAAGAGAAUUGGGACAAGAGUAAGAAGAGAUGUAAGACCAAAGAGGGAGCGAAGGGAUGACAAUGCUGUUUGUAGCUGUAGUACAAAAAUAAACAAGGCACCUGAAUAGAGAACAGACAAAGAUAAGAGCAAUAUGUAAAUUCUUUUUGUAGAGGGAUGUCAUUUUGAGGAAAAUUCACCAUUAUCUUGUCAUGUAGGUGGCCAGCAGUAUUACAGAUACACUCUAUUCUAUCAGUCAUCAUUAAGUCCUGUCAGUGGAAACUACAUCCUAAGUCUGUACAAAUAAAGCUGUUUGAGUUGUGAAGAUGAACAGGAGACUGCUAGGUCUUGCUUGUUAAAUCAAAUAAAUCAGAUUCAAUCUUGCUCAAAGUAAUAACACUGAAAAUAUGUCAUCUACCGAAGUUAGUCAGAAGUUUAAAGCAUCUGAAAUUUCAACAUGGACACCGUGUUAAUGUUAUGUAUGGGGAUAUUUGCCUGAACUGGACACAGACUAGUUUUAACACUUUGUAUUGUAAAUAUCAAGAAACAUCACCUUCAGACUUAUUUAUCAAGCUAAUGUGGAGGAUUUGUUUCUGCUUAAAUUAAGGUUUUUACAUAUUCAAUGACCAGGAAUAAUCAGUGCUGAAAAGUGAUUUAUCUCUCUUUUUGAUACAUGCUCCAGGUCUUUGAUAUGUGAGCUGACAGAUACUGAGUUCCCAUUAGAAAUAAAGAUUUAAACUCACUCUGUAGAUGUGGUAUUAUAGUAUUCAGGGUUGCAUGGCUUGGUUCAGGUUUAAAGCCUUUGAAAGAGACAAAAAAAGUCACAGAAUUGUGUUUCAACAUCCAACAUUAGUAGCAAUGUUUGCCCAAGCAUCUACUAAAGCAUUCAACAGAUUUUUUACAUGGCAUCAAGUAGACUAAUUUCUCCAACACGGACUAUUUUUACCAGCACUAGUAAUUUUGUUAUGUGCCAUGGCAGAGCAAGAAGCCGGCCGGUUGAAUAUCCUAAGCUAGCUUUAAAUAGGAUUCACUAUGUCGGAUUUCUAGUGACUCGCGGCAGUUAACGCCAGCUCUGCUAGCUAGCACCGCCUGUAGCUACCAUGUUGACAUUGCAGAGACUAAUAGGAGUAAUUUAUGUAAUAUAUGUCACCAUAAAAAGCAAAAAUUACCUGUUCAACAAAAUCUCUGAUGUCUCGGCGUCUGUUUUCAGGUCCAAAUCCUGGAGGAGCUUUCUCCACCUCUCAAAGGAUAACCCGAUGUUUAUUCCAGUUAGAUUCCUCGCUUGGUUACAUUUCCUCUUCUCUGCCCUUUCUUCUGUCGACUUGCGUUUUCUUCCCACUUUGGAAGUAUUUUUUUGCGUCCUUCUCCAUCACAGCUCCUGUAGCUAAGCUGCUAUGCUAAUUUUAGCCGCUCAAAGCUCCGAGAAGAGCCGAGAGAGUGGAAGGGGACGAGCCGGAACUACGGGAGAGGGGUGUGUCGAAAACAGCGAGGUGAUUGGAUGGAGAGGAGGAGCAGAUUGACCAAUAGGAGCUGUCUAGGACGGAUGGCUCCCAUUGGUCAAUGUUUUUGCAGCCCUGCACUUGCUAGGAUUAACGUUUACAUACUAUGAAGGUAUUUUUGGUGCAAAAGGUUUGUGCAUCUGUAGCAUGUAAUUUGUAGUUGUGUACAAUGAUUGCGUUUGUGUAUUAGUGAGUGUGAAAUCCACACUCUAUGAGUUGUGUUCUUGUAGAUUUUUUGUGUUGUACUAGUAGAUUUUUUUUAUUUCCACAAAAGCAACACAACAUUUACACAUUCACAAAUCUUAAUUACAGGUGCACAAAUCCUAUUUUACAAGUCACACAUUCAAACUCUGACACGCUCACAUUUUUGCUCCAAGUGUUGCAACAUAUUUGGUGCAAAACAUAUUUGUGCACCUGCAUGGAGUAAUGUGAACUUGUGGACAAAAUUUGAAUAUGUGUGCAAAAAAUGUUAUAUUUAUGUACAAUAAGCUUUCACAAAAGUAGUUGUGUUGUUUUAAAACACAAAUACAAAUCGAUAAUUACAACAGCUGGUAAAAACUUUAUUUUAACUACCAAUUAACAUUUUUUGCACAAGUUCGCAUAAAGAUCUGCACAUAUUCAAAUUUUGUCCACAACUUCACCAAAUAUGCUGCAACAAUAGGAGCAAAAAUGUGAGCGUGUCAGAGUUUGAAUCUGUGACUUGUAAAAUAGGAUUUGUGCACCUGUUAUUAAGAUUUGUGAAUGUGUAAAUGCUGUGUUGUACUUGUGGAAAUAAAAACAAAUCUACAAGUACACAACUCAGAGUGUGGAUUUCACAUUUACUAAUACACAUACACAAUCACUGUACGCAACUAUUACAUGCUACAGAUGCACAAACCUUUUGCACCAAAAAUACCUUCAUAGUUUUCUUCCUUUCUUUUUUCUCGUCACUUUGUGGAGAUCGUACUAUACGACCAUGAUCACCAUAUAAACGAAGUUCACAAUAAUUACCAAUCUCUUCAAUCGUCAACCAUGUCUUUAAACUAUGUCAGCUCCUCUAGCUAGCUAAGCCUAUAAAUUACCAUUUACGUUGUCAAGUGUAGGUAAAGCAUUAAAAAAGCCUCAAUGUAACCCUUAUACACCCUCAAUUAUCCUGCGGGAUGGGAUGCCUGGUCUAUUUUGCUUUACUGUUGCUACAUCCCACAGCUCUGAUGGGGGAUUAUGGCCACAUUGAGGAUAAAAAAGCAAUUCCAAAAAAAAGUCAAGAAUUCAUAAAACAACUACAUAGCAUUGUGAGAUUAAAGUCAUAAAUGUACAAGAGUAAUGUUGUAAAUUGUAGUUUUAUGGGAAAUGACAAGCUAUGGUUAAUCUAUCAGGGCUCAGAGGCUUAGGACAAACAAUGGUAGUAGAAGCGAGCACAAGCUGUCUAUUGGCCGUCCCUCCUUCAUGACAGACUCAUCCAGUUUUUGGAUGGGUUCAAAAUUCAGAUUCUUGUGAAUUCUGGAGCCAUUACACUAUUUAUACCUUUUCUGUUUUAGAUUUAUCUUGGGGCUUUUUGCCUUUGUGUAGAGAGGACAGGAUAGCGUACAGGUAGGACACAUCGAGAGAAAGAACAGGGAGUAACAUAAAGGAAAGGAGCCACAAGCUGGAAGUGAACCCGGGCUGACUGCAUGAGGUGAACCUUUGUAUAUGGGGCACACUAGCAGACCGCUAGGCUGGGGUCACCUCAUUUAAGAAACCCAGACUGAAGUUUAACUUUACAAGAUGCUCCACGUCCCUCAGUUUGGUCAACCAAACUUGCAGUCUAAGCAGCUGAUUGAAGAAAAAUUGACUGCCCCCAAAAGACUUAUAGGGAAAAUAUAUUUUUAUUUCCUGUUCAUGCCUAUGAUCCAUAACCUCCUUCAAUAUUAAACAACCCAGGUUUAAUCUAAAACUGAAAAGUGUUUUUAUAAAUUAAAAGUCAUCCGUAGCUCUCUUAUAUUCCUUAAACAUGCUGCUCAAGUGUUUCAUACCUGGGACAUUUGAACUUGGUGAUCCUGUGAUCUUUCCGCUUCACACUUAACCGUGCCAUAUUAAAUAUACAUGAAGUUGUCUUUGUUAAAAGUAAGUACAGUGUUUAGCUGAAAGAAAGGUGACGUACAGAUGAAAUGCACUUUGCCUCGAGGAGAGUCCGGGGCUCCUAAUCUUGACUGGCGUCAGGAAAAUGGAGGCUUUAUGUAUUAAGUAUGAAAUAUAGAUGAAGAACAGAGUAUUGUGUACGGGUAUUGUGAGAGUGGAGCUCUGUUUUACAUCUUUGUAAGCCUGAGUUAUCAGAUAUCUCUGCAGCUGUAUGUGUGUGCAUGUGCAUGUGCAUGCGUGUAGUCAUAUAUUAUGUGGCAGUUAUGCACUUGUGAGUCUUUACUUGCAUGGAUAUGAUCCAUGGGUGUGUGUGAGCGUGUGUGUGUGCUUGUUUGAUUGCUUUAGUCACACAAGCAGUCUCCCACUCACAUUGCUCUAAGCUUUGAGUGGGCGAAGGCCACUGUGGAGCUGAUAGGGGAGACAGAAAAGAGAGAGGAGAUGGAGGAUGAGUAGGAGAGAAGGAGACAGAGGAAGAUGAUAAUGAAAAAUUGAAGGCAGUGAGGAAAUGAGAUGUAGGUUUGCACUCCAGAGUCAUAGUGUUCACUGUGAAAAAGUAUGCAUCUCCCUAGAGGCUUGAGCUCUUUCUGCCUCUUUGAGGUGAGAGCUUCUACUUUCCUGUGGAGGACAGAGACCUUUCAGCCUAAGACAAGAGAAAUGUCUUGGUACAAUGAUAGCUUAAAGACAGAGACAUUUAUUCAAGAGUUAGACUGAUAACAUGUUAGAUAUCAGCCUCCAAGACUGAAUUAGCAACUAUGUCAACUAAUGCAAAAAAAUUGCUGUGGUAAUCAAUCAGCCUGCUUUCAGGCACAUAAAAGGGUUACAACAACAGUGUGGUAGUAGCAUAGUAAGGAAGCUUUAAUUGUAGUCCAAGCUGUUUAAUGUGAAUUACAACCAAUGAACAGACUCAUGCUGCUUGACUGUGAAUUUAAAUGUUUAGUUGAAAAUGUUUUGUAAGGCAUUGUCUCCCAAACAAUGUCAACAUAGCACCACCAGAGUUGUCAUAGUUUACAGAAUGACACUUAAAUCAAAUGACAACUUCAUGAGCCUUAUUCAUGUUAAUGACAGGUGUCAUGUCAUAGUUAUGACAGCGUAAUAUCAGUCUUAUGUUUAACCCUUCAAAUAUAGUGUUACCUACUUUAUAAUCAGUGACAUCCAACUGUAGCAUCAGCACCACAGUAAAAUGUGUCACCGCUGUUGGAUCUAAACCCCAGAGACUGUUGAGGUGCUGAUAUGAACACAAACUCUGUUGAACCUGUAAAGCCAAGUUACAGACUUCCAAUACAGACUUGAGAUCUCACCAGAUUGUUUUGUUCUCUUGUUUUCUGUCUUGGAACCUUUAUCUAGCAUUACUAGUAGAAAAUAUGCCAAAAUGACCGCAUGACAAUACAAAACUGUUCAAUCACGUUGGAGUAUUUUUGUUACACACACUCAGACAAAAAAGACAGAUGCUCAGAAACACUAAAGCCAAAGACACAGGAGACUCAAUCUGACUCUUUGAUUCGGUUACAUUUGCCAUCCUGUGUUCUUGUUUUCUCAGUGUGUGGUGACAUCCAUGGGCAGUUCUUUGAUCUCAUGAAGCUGUUUGAAGUGGGAGGAUCACCAGCCACAACGCGGUACCUGUUCCUCGGGGACUACGUCGACCGUGGCUACUUCAGUAUUGAGGUAAAACCAGUGCAGCAUCAUUAAGUAUGUAAACGUAUGGGAACGAAAAAUUUCAAGUAGCACAUUUACAUGAUCAAAAGUUGUGCUGUUUCCUGUAGGGUUCUACUAACAACUUUAAUGGAUCUAUUUUUAUUUUUGACAGUGUGUUUUAUACCUCUGGUCGCUGAAAAUCCUCUAUCCAAAGACACUAUUUUUACUUCGUGGGAAUCAUGAAUGUAGACAUCUGACAGAAUAUUUCACCUUCAAACAAGAAUGUAAGUACCUCUUAGUGCUUCUUCUUUUUUUCUUCAUCAGAGGUCCAGAUCAUGUGCAACCUGACGGGCUCUUUGGAAUGACACAACACAUCAUAAUUAUCUGUUUACGUUUACGUCUCCCGCCAGGUAAAAUCAAGUACUCAGAGCAGGUGUAUGACUCGUGUAUGGAUGCUUUUGACUGCCUCCCCCUGGCUGCGCUCAUGAACCAACAGUUUCUGUGUGUCCAUGGUGGACUCUCACCUGAAAUACACACCUUAGACGACAUUAAAAAGGUAACUUACUGCUACUUGUACCUAUUGGAUGUAUGCUGGUUGAUUUUUGUUUGUACAUUCAAAGAAAAAAAUUUGACAAGUAUGUUUCUGCAUCGUUAUGUCAAGUUGGAUCGGUUCAAGGAGCCUCCGGCAUUUGGGCCCAUGUGUGACCUGCUGUGGUCUGAUCCUCUGGAGGAUUUUGGCAAUGAGAAAACCCAGGAAUACUUCAGCCACAACACAGUGCGAGGCUGCUCCUACUUCUACAGGUGAGCUGACUCUGCCUCUUCUUCCCUGCGGCAGCUUCAGGCCCCUGGACCUUUUGGCUUAUUGUACCUUUAAUACUGUUGUUGUUUGUACUUAAAUGCUAAAGAGUAUAAAAACACUGGUUUUAAAUACAGAUCCAGCUCAAUGCUUCAACACGUUGUCACUCCUCAGUUUUGUCAGGUACAGGAGUUGGGUUGUGUACUUGUAAACAUGUAAGGAUUAGUUAGAGAGUGAAGCAGUUCUCAUGGUAAAGGUGGUUAAAGAAAAUUUUACAUUUUAAAACAUUUGGGCAUGCAGUUACUAUCAACACAUGGUCAGUAUUUCAAAACAUUUCUAUUUUGGUUGUGUUUAAAGACAAAAACUACUUGAGUAUGAUUCAUCUCACGGUUAUGUGUUGAACCAAGUACAAGUACACCAGUUUUGUAGCUAUGACACGUUACUUAAAGAUCUGGUGAGGUAACUUCUGGUUUUGCCAAUUUUGGCGCCCCUUUGUCCUCAACAUAUGGACAAGAAAAAAAGGAAAACACUCUUCCUGCUGUCUUUACACUCAUCAAGAAUCUUGGCUGUGGAAAAUGUCAACAAAGGCUGUUUCUGCUUUGGUGACAAAUUUCAGAUAUUAAAGCACGGAGUAAAAAAAAAAAAGCAAAGUAAUAAUAUAAUCAGUCUUGUUGCAGAUGAUAUAAUUACUUUAGUAGGAAAUUAGAAUUAAUUUUUUAGUUUGCUUCUUGAGCUGCCAAACCCCCCUAAAUGAAAAUUGUGUUUGAGUGACCCAUCAGUUUCCCCUGUCUAACUUUAACACUCUUCAUUCCUUGUGUCCUACCCUCCACUUUAAAAAAAUAAGCAUCCAAAAAUGACAUCAGCGGAUUAGCUUUAUAUUUGUGUUUUUCCACUUGAGAGUAAACACAGGCUUUUGCAUUCAUGCCCCUUUGUCUAAAAUGUUGUUUUCGGCGUCCUGCUCGCCCUCAGCUCCUUUAAAUGCUCAUCAUACAGUACACUGGAUCCAUUAGGGUUCCCCUCGUGGCUCUUUGAUGGUCUCUAAUAACAGUUCAGUCUUAAAAGAAUGAAAGGUUCACACUGGGAAUCUGCCAACUAUAAACCCUGCCUCAUACACAAAGCCAGUCAAAAAAUGGUUAAAAAGGGGGCUUGUCCUCAACCAUUAGAUGGUUAAUUUAAAAUAAAGAUCAGGGGGAAAAAACUACUGUAAUACAAGAAAGAAAAACACCCUAAAUGAUCAGUACUGGAGAAUUGCUAGAGUACAGACCCAAAUCUGACUAUGACACAGAAGCCUAGCAACUUAAUAUCAAAAAUAGAUGUUAAGAUGAUGAAUUAUAAAUAGAUAUCAAACAUUUAGUGCUGCCUGAGAAAAACCAAAAAGAAAAAAACAAACAAUAGACUCAAUUAUCAACUUUUAUUGGUGAGAACAUCAGAAGGAGAGUACGAGUAAGAAGAUUGAACAAUUUAAUGAUCACAUAUGAAAAGCCAACAGAUAGAGUCGACACCUAGGAGUAAUUGGGUCAUGUUUUUUUUGUAGUAAAGUGGUGCUUUUGAUGGGAGGUCGUCUUUUUGACCUGCAGAGCUGAUAAUGACAGACAAAAGACCAGCUGGUUAAACCUGGAGUUACGUAGAAACCGAGGUAGCGAAAGAGAGACACAAUCGAAAACAUAAAAUUGAGGCAAAAAUGGGAAUAACUUUGUUAUGCAACUAUUCAGCCUCCGUGGCAGCACAUGUAAAAAAAAAAUAAAAAAAUGGAGGAGGACUGAGCACCAUCCUAAUGCUGUUGUGAGAUGGGAGAGAGCUGUGGGAAGUAGGUGGUGGUGAGGAGAGGAGAUUAGGUGGCGCUUGUUGUGAGUUUUCUUAAUGAAGGUUCAGAACAGUACAGACCCCUGCGUGGGAGCUGCGGCUCUGCUCGAAUCACCGAAAGUAAAGCCGGGAAGAUUUAGUCCUCCUCUGAGAGGAAAUGACAUUCUGUUUGUGCAGAGUAAUUGCAGUUCGGAUUCACAUUAUUACCUAACUGUAAUUUUCAUUUUGGUUCUAGGAGCGCCAAAGGUGGGUUCAAAUUAUAUCAGAAGUUUCACAGGAAAGGUCACCCUUUUAUUGUGGGACCAACGAGUUUGUGGUACUGCUGGUCUUUUUUUUUCUGGAAAAUGGCAGUUUAAUAGAUUUUUAAUGUGUUGGGUUGGGUUCAGAAAGGACAGAAGAUGCGCAAUAUGAAGAAAAUUUGCACGUUAGUUCACCACAGGCAGUUUUCUGCUACACUAAUACAAAGACGCACAAGUGGUCCCACUCAUAAAGAAAUAUGAGUAUCUUUGCUGAGAUAGGGAAAUUGAGGGCCAGAUUCAUUAAGAAUGGACUGCAGCUGCUAACGGCACCAAGAAUUGUGCAUCAUUUUUCCCCACUGAUUUGCCGGAUAGUGGGAAUGUGGGACCCAUGUUUUCACAGCUCAGCGUUUUGCAAAGUAGCUGUACCUAGGACUGCACCUUUUUCAACACCACGCAAUGAACCCAAUGGCAAUUUAAAAGUAGAAAAUGACAGUAAAGUAAAUUUUCAAAAUCUAAAACGAAACCAUUAUGAUCUGAAAUCAGUCAUUGUCUUAAAAUAUCAAUCUAAAAAUGUACCCCCAAUUUUUUUGAAAAUGGUCUAUAGUACCUUUGAAUUAAAAUUGAUAAUGGUUGAAGGAUGUUACUGUCUUGAUGGAGUUUACUAGCAACGAUGAAAAGUAUCUUAAGUAGAGUAAAAGCAGGUGUUGGGUCUCUACUCCCCUUUUUUACCACUCCUGAAUGGUCAGCAAUAGGAAUCCAUUUAUUCACACAGAGAGAGGAGCUUAGUGAGGAUUAUUCUGUAGAUGUGUGGAGGAUGCUUCUAUUAUAGUCAUCUAUCUUCCUGUGGCUUUGUUCUGCCUUCACUCUCAAACUUACCUCUCCAUCAUUAUGAUUCCUGCCAACUAUACAGUGUGUAUAAAGUAAAAAAAAACACACACACACUCUCUGGGGGAUUUUUGGGAAAUGCAAGAAAGUCUCUAUAUGAUAUAGAAAUGGGUAUAAGGCUAAGCAGGUCAGGAAGAUAAAGGGUACAUUAAAAUGCUAUCAGAUACACUGCAAUGAUUUGACUCUCUCUGUAUUCUGAUAAUGACUGAUUGUUGUAAGACAUGAACUGUACGAGUUUUUUGAAGCACUGACCCAAAAAAACAAAAAAAUCAAUAUGGAGCCUCAGAAUAGCUGGAUCCUAAAAGAUAAGAAGUAUUUGAAAGAACUGCAACUAAAAGCCUUUUCUUAUUGUUUACAUCCAUGAUUGUCUGUUAUCAGUUAUAUAUGAUACUUAAUUGUACGUCUUAGGUAACAACCACAAGAUGUUGUUUCAUUGUCAUAGCUGUCUACAUCUAAAAAGUAAUCUAAAUCAGUCAGGCUCCUGAAAAUGUUCCUGGUACUGGUUACAAAUCUAUAUAUUUUUUUGAAAUUUUGAAGGUAACUUAAAGUAGCUAACCAGUCCUAAUUUCUCUACGCUGCCAUCCAUACACAGUGGUAGCGUUAUACAGGGGUGUAGAUAAUUUGUGCCCAACUGGAGGUCUGUGCCCCCCCCAGAGGAACCACCACAGAUCCGAGGGUGGGCACAGGGCCUUGUUUUCUCUGUGGUUGUCAAACUUAGAUUCAAAUCAUAAAAACACUAACUGGAUAGUUUAUAAAAAAAAUCUGUGGAUAACUCUCUGGAAAAGAGAAGACUUUUCUUUUCCUCUCAAAAAUAUCAGGCUGCUUAGUCAGCCACACCUCUGGGACUUCUCUGCCCCUGUGACCUGUGCUCCCUUUGGUGUCAUCACCAUUUAAGGUAAUUAGCUCAUCCUUGGGUUUAUUGCAGGAUGUCCUUAUCUGAACUUGUGAGAAACACCAAUGUACAGAUGACUCAUAAUUGCUAAAAAAAGGAAGUAAGACGAUCCCUCGAGAAUUAACUUGACUUUGGUUCGAUUAAGAGACAGGAUGGGUAUCAGCCAGAAUGUAUCAUCUGUGGGAAGAUGGUAGCUAACAACAGCAUGAAACCCAGCAAAAUAAAUCAACACCAGGGCAGCAAACACCAGGAGACUACAAGUGAAGGUUUAGAUUCUUUUUAUGGCUAAAACCAGUUGGCUCUUUCAAAAAGACCCAAAUGUUUGACUAAACGGGCUGUGAUUUGCACAAGGAUACAGAAACCUAAAAAUAUUGGAGAGAAUGAAGUCUAAUCAGUCUAAUCAAAUCUGCUUUCCUAAAAAUUGUAGGCAGACUAUGUGGCUCACAGGUGGUGGACCAACUGCAUGUGAAUCUGAGGAAUUCCCUCUUUGCAGUCCAGUUUGAUGAAACGACAGCAGUGAGAGGGGAGUUGAUGCUCAUUUCUUGUGUCUACUAAUCUAGCCUCAACAACAGUGCAUAAUUUGACACUGCAUGCUGCAUUAUCAAACAUUAUCCAGUAAAAGCUUUUGGAGGACCUCUGUAAUACUGUAAUUAAAGCUGUAAACUUCAUCAAGGCUUGCCCCGCAAACGAGAGACAGUUAGCCUAGCUGUGCGAGGAUGAAGCGCAGGUUAUCUCAGGUUGUGCCAUGAAGUGCUUUUUCGUUUCAUUGAACUGCAGGGAACAAUAAAGGAACUUUUGCAAGGUCACUGGCAAACAGCUGACAAGUGCAUUUUAGAUCAAAACAGCAUAACAAGCAGACACAUUCGGGCUGUGCAGGGAGACACAUAAGCGAAUGUAGGGCCUUGAAUCCAACAUUGUGCAUGGUAAAAGAGGCCCUUGGUGCUUUUGUUUGCAAACUGGAGAACAGAGGUGAACAAUGUUAAAGAGGGAGCUUCAACAGUGCUAAUGAAAGUCUGAUGAUGCUGAGCAUGGGUAUGUACCACCCUUGGUGCCUACCAUAGACUAUGGACAACUUGGUUCCGCCUUUCGCCAGUUUACAGAUUUGAAGCCGAAAAGCUCUCGGUAAUAACGCAAUUUUUCUCCACUUCCUAAAACUAACAUUGUGCAGUAGCGUUAUAUGCUCUCCACCACUUGCGCAGUAGCAUUGUACCCAUUCGGCGGGAGAGUCACCAAGAGUCGCUGUGAUGACACUCGGCUCAAACAGCGUAUCCUGGGGUGAGCUAUGCAAUCUUAGUGCGCCCAUAGGUUUCAAUCAUAGAAAACAUGAACCCCCUAAUUAAGUUUGUCCACAGCACUAUAAGCUUUGGUGGAGGAGGCAGGAUUAUGACCUAUACUGCAGCCUGUCACCAGAGGGUGCUGUUCUCAGAGUGGCUAAGCUCAGUGAGAAGCUGUCCAUUGUAUAUACAAUCUUUGUUGCCAAUCCAAAAUCCUACACUUUGAUUAGCUAUUGUUCUUAUUAGAGGCAAGAGUUGUGUUGAAGCAGCUAGUUUGACUUUUUUGCACCAGACUGUUAGUUUCUUUCCUUAUUGCUAAAUGUAGCACUUUUUUUACAUUAGACAAACAUGUCUUACUGAAUCUUUAGACAAUUAAACCAAAAAUAUUUAUAGGGUAAAUGCUAUCAAUUUGUAUAUGUGUGUUCAGAAACCCUAGUUACCUCUGCUAACUUCAGUGCAUUGGGUCGGCCACCUCAAUCAAAACCCUUGGACCAGUUAGUGAAAAACCAAUGGUCUCCACACUAAACAAGCUUUUUUGGAGCUGUUUCAGGGAGUCAUGAGAGUUUAUUGUCAUUUUUAUUCUUUUGACAGCCAAAUAAAAUUGAAACAGGUCCAUUUUAACUCAGAAAAGCCAAAAUUCUUGAAAGACAUGCUUCUAAGUCCAUAAAAAUGUCUCAAUAUAAGAUAACUUACUUACAUCUGUUCUGCUAAAUGCCGCUAAAAGCUACACAUUGUACCUUUAAGUGUCACUUGUAUGCGUUUCUAUUCUGAUUCUGCCUAUUGAAUGAGGUUGUGAUUAUAAAAGGAGCUUUUAUAAGGGGAAAGUGGAUCUGAUGACCACCAGCUUGAUGGGCAGAUGGAUUUAUUAAGGGGGAAGAAAAAAAAAAAACCUCUCAGCUUCUCACUCACACCACAGCCCUUCCAUCCCUCUCUGUCUCUUUCACUCAUACUCACUUGUCAAAUUUCUCGCUGUCUUUUGCUCACAGGCUUACCGACACAUUAUUGUGUGUAUUUUCUCAAAGGGGAGAGAAGGAAUGUGAGCCUUAGGCAGGCAGGCAACGUGUGUGCUGUGUUCCCUCGCAGUAAUCAAUAGAUACUGUUGGAGUGGACAGAGAAUAAAUUAGAAUACAGUGUUUGUUUGGAGUUUUAUGUUUUAUUGAAUGACAUUUGUACUUUACUGUAAAAAAAAACAGCUUUGCUGCUAUGGUAAACAUGAUUGUUAUGAGUGUAAUGCAAAAACUUGCUCUUAUUUCUAAGUUAGAAAUGCAUUAUGGAUGUGUUUUUUAAUAGAAACAGUUAUAUAAUGGUUUCUGAGAACAGCGUUUUGCAGUUCUAUCAGGCUGCAUUGUCAGCCAUAGUGAAGAGAGCCACAGCAUAUUCGUGUUAGUGUGUAACUCAGCUAUUCCUGUAACAUAUACAUGGACCACUGUGGGGAUGCUGGUCAUGUGACCUAGAAGAUGACACAGUUUUGCCAGGUGCUCAGGGCACGGCAGUCUCCUUGUUUUUCUUCCGGCACAAACCUUUGAGCACUUAAAUAUUUAAAACACUUGUGAAAGUUUGAUGGGUCCAUGGAUGGCAGUGACUGUGAGAAAGAGCAGGAACAGAGGGUUGUUGGGAAGGAUGUACUGUAUGUUACGCUGAGGCUGGGAAAUUUAAGAGAAGGAUGUUGAAGCAAUAAGUUGGUGAAUUGUACAUUCAGUAUUAAACAGCUUUGAUGAAUAUUUCCUAACAUUUGGAUCAUUUUUUUGUUGCAGCUUUUGAAAAAAAAGAGGCUUGGUAAAUUGAAAAUCUGGGGAAUUGCACUGCUGUUUGGAUGAAAUUUGAAAUUUGAAGACGCCACCUUGGCCUCUGGGAAACAUUCUGAUGUCUGUUUAUUUGUUUAUUGGCAAAUAGUGAAGCAUAUACACAAAAACUGGGGCAAAUACAGCCAUUACUUGCUGCUUUUUUGGCGAUAAUGAUCAGAGACAGCUGUCACUGUCUCCGCACAAAUAUGUCUCAUUUGUAUUUUAAAUUUGGUGUCGAUGGCUCAUGCUUGUCCCCAGAGCACUUACAGAUUCUUCAAUAGCAUGAGGCAGACAUAUUUAGCCUUUUUAUCUGACUACCCAAGUUAUCAAAAAGAGAAAAAAACAAACUUUGAUUAGCACACGAACAAGCAAACUUGAUGGCAGAUUCUAAAAAGUUUAGAAAACAUGAAUGAUCAUUCAAGGAUAGACUUCAGGGAUGUGACAGACGGAAACAGAGCUGAGGUGCAUUUUGAAAGAGCUAAUCAAACUGUUGUCUACAAUCUUUUUCUAACCCAGGAGACACAUUUGAAAGGGAUGAUACAGUCUCCGAAUGACAUAACACAACCUUUUAGGUGUUACAUAACAGCUGUGAUGAGAGCUGUUAAAUGGUGGACUGCAUUAACACCGUUGCUGGAAAUGUCCCAAUUCUUAUUUUUUUGUUCCUCCUGGGCAACACAGGUCUGGUGUUUCUGUUUUCCUUGUAAUCUUACUGUAUGUGUUCAUUUUGUACUUUGGGAACAUGUCUGAUCCAAACACAUGAAGCUCUAGUCUGAACUAUCUUAUAGGGAGUUAUCUGAUAUCGCUUCUUUCAAUGGAAUAUCUGACUGUAGGUCUAUAUAUAUAUGUAUAAGUCCACACUUUAAAGGUUGGUUAAUUUAAAAAUUUCUCCUGUAGGCUAUGUGUAUUAAAUUAAACUCACAUAGCCUACAGGCUAUGGAUUACUGUGACAUGUGUAAGUGCUUGUUCUUAAAGCUAUCCAAAUAUGAUCAGAUCACUGAGGAGGCAUGUUGAAACAAGAUAUAUAAAAGACCCCGUAGACUCUGUAACUGUCCCCUGCUGUAGUUUUAUUUAACUUUAACAACCUUUAGCUGUCUCUUUGUCUUUUUCAUCACUUACUUUGGCCUUUACUUGCAGUCAUUCAUUGUACUUAUCUCUGUGUACAGCAAAUUGUUGCAAUGAAUUAUUUUCAACUAUGCAAGUUUUGCACAGAACUUCUUAAUGAUCACCAUCGCUACACCUGAAUCUAUGUUAGUCGCACAUGGUAAAUAGUCAUGUGACUAGACAAAAAAAAAAAUCCACACAUAAGCUGUCAGAACCAAACAGCCAGUGAGGUUGUGACAUUAUCACGCACAAAACGGCUCAUCCCCACAAAAUGCUAUCAACAAUUAAGAAGGUAUUGUAAAGUAUUUUGACCAAACCAAAACUGAGAAUGACAAAUGUGUACAUCAUCUAAUUAACUAAACAGAAAAAAAUGAUCUUGCUGCCAGAUAUUGUUAGAGAGAUUUCCUUGUAGAAAUGCAGAUACUGGAAAUAUAAUGGGUAAAGCAAGUCGUGUAAAAUGAGAUUCUAUCUCCCACCAGCAGCAGAACUGAAAGGGUUUCUGUCUGACUGCUGGUAUCUUAGGGGCAGUAAACCCUUUAUACGAGUCUCUAUGUUCCCUAAAUUUGCAACAAUUUCAGACAAAAAUCUCCACUUCUGGCUUGAAGUGCAAUUUCGUAGCUGACAAAAAUGACGGAUGAAUGGGGCUGCGAAAUUUGGGUAGCAGCCGUGAGAGAUUGUGGGGGAACAAAAUUGCUCCUCUGAAAAGUUGUCCUGAGGCAACAUAAUAUCCAAGUGUUUGAAAAAGCUUCCUGCUCAUAUUUUCCAGCAGUAGCAGAUAAAUAAAGAGCCACUUAAUGCAAAGAACAGCCAAAGAACACUGAAUUAGGUAUGCGUACUGCAGGAAGGAAAUAUUUCCUACUCAUAUUUGAGAGAAUCGGUGUGUUAGCUCACAGGCUUCACUUCCUUUCAGGCAUGUUUCUGUCAAAUUACAGCUGCUGGACAGGACACUCUGACUGAGGUAGUUUGUUUUUUCAGUUCAACAGGUAGCAUUGGUGGAUUGGUUUUUCACACCCUUGCAUCAUCCUCAGAAAGACUUUCAUGAAUGUAUUUACAAGUGAUAGAUCUUUGUUCGUUUUCUGGCAAGAUGGAUCGAACAUGAAAUUAGUAACCUGCAGCUCAUUGGACAACUGUUCUAGAUGAUUUAUCCUCUUACAUACUCUGUUGUUCGACAUUUUUAGUGAUAUCUUAACCUAUUCUUGUUUUCUCUUUUCCAGUUAUCCGGCUGUAUGCGAGUUCCUACAGAGCAAUAACCUAUUAUCAAUCAUCCGAGCACAUGAAGCACAAGAUGCAGGGUAUGUUGUUCACAUAAUCUUAAAAAGUUGCACAUCAUAGUCAAAUGAAAAUAAGAGGCAUACUUGAUGAAGAGAAUGUGACCUGUCUUAACCUCCUCCUGUUAACACUUUAGCUACCGGAUGUACCGCAAAAGCCAGACUACUGGAUUCCCAUCUCUUAUAACCAUCUUCUCAGCGCCAAACUACCUGGAUGUUUACAACAACAAAGGUGGGAAAAUCCCUUCAUUUAAGACCCAUUUAGGUUUCAGUUUGAUUUGCUACUCUGUCACACGUCUCAAUUUGUAUCUGUAUUCACAAAGGAGUGCUCUUCAGAUACUUGUGUGCUUGUUUCAUCUCGUUCAGGGCUCAUUGCAUGUGUGGAGCGUGAGUUUUAAAAUAGCCAGCCUCAACUGAGGUUCCCUGAUGGAGACCAACUUGGUAGCAGCACAUCUGCUAUUUAAAACACACACUGCCCUGCAAAAUUAAAAGCGCUCAUAUUUUGAACAAAUCCUACAAUGUGCCUCAGACUUUAUUAAAAGAAACAUAAAUUUUGCAUGUCUGAGUGAUAUCACAUUCCACCAAUGAAACAAAGCUUGGUGAAAUUAGGGAAAUUGAAAUAAAUAUAUUCGUCCUAUCCUCCUCAUGUUAAUUAUCAUGAGGGAACAUGCCUUGAGAAAUGCAUUUACUGCUAAAUUAAACAGCUAACAGUGGAGCAGUGUUGUGAAAGAUUUGCCCCAAUUCGAGUAUCUCUGUAACACCUGAACCACUGGCAGUUUAGCAGCAUCUGGGUUACAUUUUAACACUUCAGGAUGGACAAAAAGAGACUCCUCUGACUCCCAACUGAAAAGGCUUUCUUAACUCAAGGUGGAUGGUAUAGAUGAUCGUAAAACUGCGUUGAGCUCAUGAGCAGGCAGAAGAAUGCAUCAGGGAGCCCUGUUUGUUUGUGUUCUCAGAUCUGUGUCCUGGUUGCUAUGGGCUAUGGGAGAUGGGGAGCGUGGGAGGGACUGUCGGCAUCACUGACUAUCUCCGUGUUGCUUUAUCCCUCUUGAUGUAACAGUGUCAGCAAACCCUGGCCUCAGCAAGGCCAUCUAGUGGUUAAAUAUCUAAUGUUCUGCUGUGUGUCUGCUCUGGAGCUGAAGGGGGGCUCACUGAACAAUGAAAACAAAACACAGAGAACAUGAAUCUACCUGUAUGUACAGAUUUACAGUAUGUGUUUAAAACAAGGACGUUCAUGUGGCAAUGAGAGUGGGAGGUACAAAGUAACAGUUUCAUACAGAACGGUCUGACAGUUUUACACAUGAAGUAGUUUUUUAAACUGCUAAUUAAGUAAGCGGGUGCAAGAAUUGAUCAGUCUGAGUCUAAAGUUGCAGCAGGGGUCCAUUUUAAGGGAUAUUCCUAACUUCAUCAACAGUACAUACAGGGUCCCAGCCAAAGUACUAAAUUAGGAAAAAGUUAAACAGAUGUUUGGUGGCUAGUGCUGUGGCUAGGACCCUAUAUGUAUUGAUGAUAAAGUUAGGUGCUGUUCUGAGCAUUAUUUGUGGCUAUAGAGUGGCAUUUUGGUUGAGGUUUGUUUAUGGCUCCUCAGACUGCUGUGUAUCACUAUCCUGCGGUCGUUACUAAAGUUGGUAUAAAUAGAGAAGCAAGCAGUCUGCAACAUUCAUCUCUCGAUGGGGUGUCUAACUCGAUGUUACAGUGUGUUUGACCCUAAAUUGAUUUUAAGCUGGAAUAUCCCUUUAAAGUCCAGUCAGACAAUGCAAAACAAACCACACGAAAAGGAGACAUCCUCCGAUACAAAUAUGCCAGAAGAUUGAUUGCUCUGCUCAUUUGCCUCUGUCCUGUAAUGAUAUACAGCUUAUUAGUAAUGCUAUAUCAAUACAGAGCAAUACUUAGAUGGAUUUAACAGUUAAGGACUCAAUGAGGAAAGAUAAAGAGAGGAGAUACAAUCCAUGUCAUCCUCUUAAAGAUACACCAAUGACUGGACAUGUCCAUGGUACUUCUGAGUCACAGUGUAAGUACAGUUCUAAUCCAAAUUGUAGGAAGAUAAUGGCAUUGAAAAAUCCAGCUGUGUUUGCUGACAGACGUAACGGUGAGAUCUGGUUAUUUUUCCCUCUUCAGAAUAUAUUAGUGUGAAUAUUUUAAAGGAAGAGAAGUCAAACAAUGUUCUUAUAAGAUAACAUUCUUAUCAUACAAAAUCAACCUGCUCUUGUACAAAACAUUGGCCCUCAUGUUCACAAUAUGUGAUUGAAAAGCCCACACAACACAACCAGGCUCCAACAUCCAAGAGGAUUCAAGGAAAGGUUUUGACUCUAGUGUUUCUCUUCUGCCUCUCAUCAGCUGCUGUGCUGAAAUACGAAAAUAACGUCAUGAACAUCCGACAGUUCAACUGCUCACCCCAUCCUUACUGGUUGCCAAACUUUAUGGAUGUCUUCACCUGGUCUUUGCCGUUCGUUGGAGAGAAAGGUAUGGAGUAUUUUCCUCUGACCUCCUCAAUUCGCUCUCAAUCUAAUGAUCUCUGAGGCUCAGUGACGUCACCUCUUUCCCUCACUCUGUUUCCUCCCCAGUCACAGAAAUGCUGGUGAACAUCCUGAGCAUCUGCUCUGAUGACGAGCUCAUGAAUGAUGAAGAUGAGAUCUUUGAUGGUAGGAUGUUUAGUAAAUAAUGAUUGAAUAAUUUAUUCCUGUUAUUUUCAUGAGUGCAUAUGGGGUUUGAGUCAGACUCCAUACAGCAAGUCAGGUCUUCCAUGGAAUAAAAUCUGCAAAAACUGGGCUGUGCAUUCAUGCAGUUCAUUUGAUGUGUCGAGCAUUGGUCUUAUUUGUCACCAACAAGAAAGAUCAUCUUAGUAUUUUAUGCAUCAGGGAAGCUUACAUGCAUUUCUCAUGCAUUAUAAAUGACAGCAUCCAUUGUAUAAGAGUAUAUAAUAAGAAUACAUAUACAUGUUUAUCUUUUCAGCCAAUGCAGCUGCAGCACGCAAGGAGGUGAUCAAAAACAAGAUACGUGCCAUUGGAAAGAUGGCCAAAAUGUUCUCAGUUCUCAGGUAGAGUUUAUGAUUAUAUGUGAGCAUUUAUACUCAUGUGAAUGUUAACAAAUGUUUCAACUGUAUCAGGUUUGGAUAUUGGGUCAAGUGCUGUUGUCAAAGUGAGGGCAUAAAGUAGAUUUUUUUUUUCCAGUUCGAUCGAGGUUGAGAGAAUUUUUCUGACCUGUUUGUGUGUUUCCUGCAGAGAGGAGAGUGAAAAUGUGUUGACGCUUAAGGGCCUGACGCCCACUGGCAUGCUGCCGAGCGGGGUUCUCUCUGGAGGCAGACAGACACUGCAGAGUGGUGCGUACACACCUCAGCACAGGCCUUUUCUCUUCCCUGAGCUCCAUCUUUAUUUUGUUUCAUUCUUCAUCACCAUUUUCAGUCCCACUGAUGAGCUAAUCUCUAUCUUUCUUCCCCUCUACCCCUCUUACAAAAAUGUAGAGUGGCCAGAUACCUCUUUUUAGUGUCUUAAUGCUCUGAUCACAUUUAUACUCAAGAGGGAGGCACUAAUGUUGCCAACCUGACCAAAGCUUACAAGACACAGCAAGAAUGGCUCCUAAAUUUUCACAGCAUGUUCUUGCACAUCCUGCACAAAACAGAAUCCAACGGAGUCCAGUUUCUGACUUUCUCAAGCCUGUCAUUCAGUUGUAACUUUAACAGGACCAGACUUUGGAACGGGAUGUUUUCUGGUUUGGUUGUUGUUUGUCUGUAGCCUGAGUAGUACUGACCAAACAGCAGGCUGCAGAGUAUACAGAAGAAAACAGUCCAGGGAGACAGAAUGUAACAACAUCCUGGUAAUAUUGGUAAUCUGAGAAGAAUUUAUUCAUCUCUAUGAAGAGAUGUCAACAUGCAAGUGAAGAAACAACCUGUUCUGUAUCAAAAAAUUGAAUUUGGGUGGUUUCCCUAAGAGUGUAUUAAAAAUGAGUGAUCCAACCAACACCUCAGGAUGUUGUUUUCUUCUGCUUCUGAGGAUAACCUUUACAAAUGAUCAUCUUGAUGCUAUUUUGUCAAAAAUUAGACCAAAUCACUGCAAGGAAAUCACAAGAAAACUGGUUUCUUUACCAGUGCAGAAACCUCUUUGUAACUUAUUUCAUUCAGUGACACUGAAACUCACAGAAAACUAUAAUGAGCAUUUAUACUACAGCAGUUACUGUAUAUUCAGAGGAUUUGCUUCAGAUUUGAUCUCCCAAUCAGCUCUCGAGUCACUAAUUGGAUUGUAAACAGUACGGCACAUGCAGAAGAAAAUCUCAGCUGGUUGUUUUAUUGCUGCCGGCUACACUGGAAAAAUGUAAAAGUUGGCUAUUAUUCCCAGUGGCAUAUAUGAUCAUUAGAUGAAAGCUGGUGGGUUCUGAGGUUGAGGCUUGAUCAAAGUCGGAUCUGUGAUGGUGUAUUACAACUGGUAUGCUCACAGAGAUAGCAAAAUACUCCCUUUUUCCAACACAACAUGGAAAGAAAUCUUUUUCGACUAUCAUAUGCGAUGCCAAAGUAGGUCAUUUCUCUUCUCUUACCUUAGAUGUAUUACUAGAAGUCUCGUUUUUUUUGAUAACUGUGUUUUAUCUUGUACUCUUUUCUUUCACUCCCAACCUUUGAAGUACCUCUCCCCAUCUAUUGUUUUAUCUUCUUUAUUUUCUGAACUGAUUCCAUAGCUCUCUAUUUAAACUAACUCUCGGUAUUAAUGCACGGCACUCAUCCGACUUUGGCUGCACUACCAGUGAACAUGUAUUUCUCAUCUGGCCUAACAUGAGCCACCUUUUCGCUGGGGCUGCAUUUUACAUUUGCAUGGCUUUAUCAGCAGUAACCUGCUCCCCUCCUCCCCCCUCAGCCACCAUUGAAGCCAUUGAAGCCAUCGAGACGCAGGAUGAGGACGGAGAAGGUAAACCUGUGCUCCUCCUUCAGCCCUUCUCAACAUGACCCUCCAACCAACAACUCACACAAUAACAACUCCAUCAAGUCACAUUCAACGGGAUUGGCAGCACUUUUCUUUGCAGUAGUAUUAAUUAAAAGAAAGAAAUCACACUGCAUUUAUAGUUUUAGAUAAGAAGAAAGGGAAUCCCAAUGGACUAUAACUAUAAUGAAGCCAUAAGUUGAAAUCAGUUAUUAGUAAAGUAGGACACCUAAUGCACAGAGGGGAUUUUUAUCUUAAAUGAACCGUUUUAUAAUGGGGUCCCAAAGAGAAAGGAUCUCAUAAUUUUCAGUAUUUUUAGGAGAGGAAGCUAGUGACGGGUGAUGGCAUAUCAGUGUUUGGUAAAGACACAAGUACCAAGGGUGAUUAUUUAAAUUAUGCACUUUGACAGUAGCACAAGUCUGGUGAUGAGUAAAAGAAAUAUAUAUAUAUUUUUUAGGACAUUGAGUUAAGUAUGUGAUAAAAUGCUGCAAAGUUAAUUGCUGCUACGAGAUGCAUGACUUAAAACACCAUUGUUUUGGGUUCGGCUUGUAAAUGACCUUACUCUGGUUCUAAAAUAUGCUGCAUGCACAAAAGCAAAGACACACACCAGAGUCUCGACAUGAAAUAUGCAUCAUGAAGCUUCAGUUGCUCGGGAUAUGUCUCAGGUAUUUUGCUCACUUAUGAAGCCUCACUAUUAUCUAGCAAUUCACAGCACCAGUAUAAGUGACAGUAAUUUAGGAUCUUAUGUAUAUUCAAAUUUUAUUUUGAUUUAAUUUCCUUUGGGACUUUAUGCUGGCUUGAAAAUUGGGAGAACUAAUAAAUUUGUAAACAAAAUGAGGUAGGAGUUAUACUUAAUGAAAGACCGUUUUACACUUGUACCACCAACAUGAAAUGAAAGGCUUUUAAAAAUGCAGAUGUCAGAGAGAUCUUGCUGUUUUUUAGGAAACAGAUUUACAACUUAAUUUCUUUUUUUAAUGUAUGUAAUUGGUAAGUGUUACAGUCGUUCAAUAAUCACAUGGAGUAUUUGAAAAGUCAAACUGCAGUUUAGGUUUUAAGUUUCUAUUACCGAACAAAACAACUAUAAGUGAACAGCCGGUACAGUAGGUAAGUGCAACUCAAAACAUACAUUUUUAAGGUAGGAAGAGUCCAUGAAUUAUCAACAAUAUUAUUUGAUCAUAUGCUGCAUCAGAGCCGGCCCAAGCCUCAAUGGGGCCCUAAGCACAAUUUGAUUUUGGGGCCCCCUAUUUCUGCCAAUAAUAUUGAUUGUCGAUUAUUCACACACCUUCACAAAUCUCUUUGAUUAACAUUCCCUGUCAUGCAAACAUACCUUUAUUUUGGCGUUUUUUUUUUUCUUCCUCUUUCUUUUCUCUGCUCCUGAAGGACAUGUCCUUUUUUGUGACAUUGUUUUGCCCGACAACUACCUGCACUUUAGAUGCUCAGUGCACGUUGCACAGCAGGAGGCACAUAACGGUAGCGGAGCUUUGACAUAUCAGCAGUAAGAAUCAUAGGCCUACAUCAGCGGCAGCACUAAAAUAUUUUUACUUUAUUUUUUCAAUAAUAUAUACAAUAAUAUAUAUUUGAUCAUACAGAAAGCAUCACUCAUACAUGCAAAAAUAUAUAUAUAUAUUUUUGAUUGCUCUUGGAGGCCCCCUAUUGGCUGCGGGGCCCAAGUAGGCCCUUAGUUCGCAUAUGCCUUGGGCCGGCUCUGUGCUGCAUAAAAUGAAAGUUUAAUUGUCUGUCUUCAUACAAUGACAACAAAGUGCCAACAAUUUCAGAUGUCUAUUUUCUUGACUUAAUGAAUAAGGGCACAUACAGAGCAGCCAGGGAUAGAGCUGCAGAUUAGCCACAACUAAGUAUACUGUUCAUCUUGAUUGUACUGACAACUUUUAUAUUUUUAUAUACAAAGGCCAACUACUGUGUCAUAUUGGGUCAGCUUGUUGAUAAAUCAUCAAGACCAACUUUUAUGUGCUGUCUUUAUUGACUAAAAAUGUAUUAUUAAUAAAAUUAUAUUCCAUUAGAAACCAUUAGUUUAUUGGAGCAGUAUGUAGUCAUCCCUAUUUAAUCAUAAAAUUAAGCCUUUAGGAGGCUUUUUAGCUAUCCAAAGAGACCCUGACCCUCUGGACUCACGAUUUUUUGAGUUGUGAUGUUAUAGAAAUCCCAAAGGACCUUUUAGGGAAAUAUACUAAUUCAGGUUAUAUCAACCAUUAAUUUUUACUGUAUCCUCAUAUAUGUGUUUUCCUCUUUUCAGCCAUCCGUGGGUUCUCCCCCCAGCACAAGAUCACCAGCUUCGAGGAGGCGAAGGGUCUGGACCGCAUCAAUGAGCGCAUGCCCCCUCGCAGGGAUGGGGUGAACCACGUCGGUCACUCCAUGGGGAAGAUGAAUAUGUCAGAGGCCAACGGCACCGAUGACAACAGCAACCUCCAGUGAUGCGCUGACUGAGCCUCACAACCGUGCCGCUGUCAAGCUGUGCAGCAAGACAUUGCCAAAUCGGGAAUUCAGGCCUCAGAAAUAACCAGGCCCAUAGACAGAACAUGAAAUCUGCAGCAAAUCUUCUCUAAAUGGCGAAAAGGUCAUUUUUUUCAUGAUGGUAUGUCAUCGCACAGAUUGGGGGAAGGGGGAGCAGAAGGCAGAGGUAAGGAGAGUCCAGCAGGCUGCGGCGUGACUGAAAAAGUGUGGUUGAAAGAUGUUUCAGCCUGCUGUUCCUUUUCUUGCGAGAAUUACAGACUGAAUUGUUGGGGGUUGUGUUGCACCGAAUGCUGACAAACGUCUGCUCCUUCAGUGCAGGGCCUGACAGAUGACAUAAUUGCAGUAUCCAUGCCACAUGAAUCAUUUUACAGUUUCCUAAGUGUUAAUUAUGAAUCACUCACGAGUUCACUUCAUGAGGACACUAAUCUUGUUUACCUUCAUGUUUUGCUAGUAUUAACGAGUCACACCGAUUUAUGAGCAAGAAGGCAAAAAGAAAGGAAGCGAACUGUGUACCUCUUAAUACUCGCAGUGCAAUCUUACCAGUGGACUUGAACUUUAUUGAUUUACCUUGUAGUAAGAUGCUGCCGUGCUGAAAAGGGAAAGAGGACAGCGUGCUGUUGUGUUGUUACUGCUCUUGCUGGGACCGUCCCCAUACUUUCCAGGACUGCUCCUUUCCUCCCCUCCCUUGUUAUCAGUCAUCUCCUAGCAAGAGUUUACUUGGAGGAGACGAGGAAAGAAGGGGAAGGGAAGAAAAGAGCUGAUGGAAAUUUUUAACACCAGAUUCAACAUCAAAAUAUCAGCGCAAGAGUAACAACUUACCACACAUGAAGAAGCAGCUUCAUCAAAGUACAUAGGUGAAUGUCAAUCCAAACCAUCCUAGAGUUAUAUUUUAGUCCCCCUGUUUUAAAAGUUGAAGUGCACAUCAUCAAAGCAUGGCAUUUGUUAAUACUAUACCUCACACGUGCAAAAUCAUGCAAUUCACUCUCUGAAAAGUGUACACCUUAGCAUCCUCUGCUGAAGAUCGGAUAGUGUUUUUUCUCAUCUUUUCGGCAUUGCUGCAUUGAUCUCAAGUUCCUGGAUCACAGGGAAAACGAGAAGAUGCCAUUUUUGAACUUCAGGACGAACUUUGCUGUUACACACUACCUGAUUAUUUCUCACGUACUUGUUGCUGAAGAGAAAGUGAAAGAAAACAUAAGCGCUCUGAGUUUUUUCACUUGUUGCGAGGCUGCGACUUCAAUGAGACUUUAUUCCCAAGAGCUAAACAAAGAAAAACAGUAUAUUUGUGAAAAAGUCUGUGGAUUAACACAAUUUAAAUAGCUGUUGUUUAAAGAGACAUCUUCAUACUGUUGUACCAUUGAAAUAAGCAGACUAAGAUUUAUUCAGAUUUGAUGAAGUGAUGUGAAGAAUGUAUCCAGAACUGAAACUCUGAUUAACUGCAAAUUCAGAUAAGAAAUGUUACAUAUUUUCUCUAAAACUGAUCUUGAUUGGAUUGAAAGUUGUUAACAAACUAACUGAAUCAUUGAUUUUUGAAUCCUUCAUAUUAACAUCUCAGUGUUUUAACAUGAAUUGUUUCAUAUGAACUUUUCUCAUCCAGUUCCACCUCAUCAUAAGAGAAACAGGCUAUGAAAAAUGCCACUGUCAAGUGCAAACACACUGUGAUCCAAAUAAAACAUUGAUUGUCAUAUUCUAGUAGUAGGCAGGAAAUAUAACAUAAAGCAAAAGUCCAUUUGUGUUCUACAUUGCUGUGAUGCACUAAACAUGUCACUUUGACAGAUGGAGAGAAGAGAGACAAAGUUAAAACAGAGAACUUUCUGGUUCUUUUAAAACAAAUUUUUGGAAAAGGUUGAUGGCAGUGAACCCCCAACCUCAAAUGACACAUCCUAUCACAUAAAUUUCUAGAAUUUCCUUUAAUACAUUAGUAUUUUUUCUACUUAAUAUUUCAUCUUCCUAUUAAACAAUAAAGGUAUGUGAAUUAAGGGUGGAAAAGAUGAUUUUUAACACAGCAUCUUUGGUAUGGAACGCAUCAAUGCAUGCAAUUAAGUUCCUAAUUGUCAUGUGAGAUUAUAAUUGUGAUAGUUGUGUUUCAAAUAGUAAACUUGAAUUAUUUUAUUUUUUAAAUUAUAUUUGGAGUUCUAUUUGUCUUGUUUUAUAACUUUUAUAAAUAGGCUUCCUUUAAUUGUUUUGGUUCAUUUUUUUCAAUCUGUUAUUUAUUACCACUGCUUUUAAUUUUAUAUCGAUUUAUUGUAUGCAGAGAUGCCCUUUUAAGGUGUGAAGCCUUGUGUUAAUUUCUUUUUCUGUUGUACUGAUGUACAGAAAAUGUUCAAUAGUGUGAAUGAAUAUAAUCUCAGUGAAAAGCAACUUUCAGGCUGCCAAAGCAUGAUAGCAUGGUUUUCAGAUGUAAAUGAAUUGGACACACAGAAAAUCAUGUGUCGCACUUACAUUUAACAGGAAACAUUGUACUCUGGUUAUAUUAAAUGCUGAUAUUAUUAUUGUUAAAAUUUAGCUUAUGGUUAUUUUCCUUCCUCUGUUUCUGGUUCUUGUAUGGUCUACAUGCAUAUUUCAACAAACAAAUGUUAUGGAUUUUAUCUUGCAACAUUUUUUAUUAUCUAUGGAAAUAUGUUUUCGCAUUUGACUUCCUAAAUGAUACACACAUUGUAAGCAUGCCCUAUGGGACAAAUCACAUUUUUUUACUCUUGAAUAAAAUAUGCAUGAACAAAAGUGUGUUUUAAUGCUUUUUUUCAAAGAUGUAAGCAUAAAUGAUGACUUUGAUUUUUGCCCCUUCAAAAGUGCAGGUAAAUGCCCUUAGAAGAUGAACAAUUGUUUUGCGUAUUUUCAUAGACAUAGACAACCAAGAUUAUAACCAAGAGUGUAACUUCCUAUAAGCGUAUUUCUCUGUUUUACUCUACUUUAUCUCAUAGUUGAAUCAAUCUGCCCUCAAGUCCUGCCCAAAAGUGCAAUCAUCAUCUUUGUGAUCAAGUGUCAGAAAGACACAUGGCAAAGUUAAUAUAUGAACUCUGUAUAUAAGAAUAAGAACUUUAUAAUUCUCCGAAGGGAAAUUCAAUUGUCUGUGGUCUCACAUAAUAUGUCUCGAAAAGUUAUCGAUUAUUUACACAAGCGUUAUAAAGCCUGAUGGCUGAUGGCAUUAUUCAUAUAAUGUAAACACUUAAUUUAAUGCUUAUUCCAUUUUUUAUAUAUUUUUCUGCUUUGUUUUUGUUAGAUUUAUAAGCUAAUUUAAAUCUUGCCCAAUCUCCCAAAAGUCCACUUGAGCUAUAUCAAAAAAU